AUGGCGGAGGGAACAUGGACGGACGUCCGACGAAGGAAACCACCGACGAUUCAAGCAAUCACUAACUUUUUUGUUGCAGGCUUCCCUGAUAGCACAAGUAAAGGGGAACUUCGACAGACUUUUACAAGAUUUGUACAGGUGGUGGAUGUUUACAUCGGAAGAAGAAAGGACUAUAGGAAGAAGAAUUACUCAUUUGUAAGAUUCCAUGGAGUAAGAGAGGUGAACAAUUUGGAAAAGAACUUACGGGGCCUUAUAUGUCGUGGGCAACAACUUGAGGUAAACUAG